AUGCCCUCCUCGGGCUUGAGGUGCUCCCCUCAGGAGCCGCGCGAAGCCCUUAAGGCCCUCCCUCUGCAGCGGGCAAAGCCACUCUUUAGGCCGGUCGCUGCUGACGAGGGAGCGGCGGCAUCAAGAAAACCAGCAAAUCGGCACCAAGCAGCAGCAGCAGCAGCAGCAGCAGCAGCAGCAGCAGCAACAGCAGCCGCAAGAGAGGCAGCAGCACUCAUAGCAGCAGCAGUGACAGCAGCAGAAAGAUAA